UCUUUUGAAGCAGUCUUCGUCUACUUUCUCUUCUGCUGCAUCCACAAGUCUCUCUCUCUCUCUCUCUCUCUCUCUCUAUAUCCGGAAGAAGAGAAGGAAAGAGAAGAGAGGAUUAGAUGAAAUGAUGAUGAGUCGACUAGCUCCAUUGUCAGAAGAACCCAUCAACGAUGAGGACGACAUUAAUAGCAGCAGCAACACCACCACUACAAACUGCUCAAAGAAAGCCCAAACAUGGAGAGGAUGGCUCAAGAACCACCUCUCUCUCUCUCUCUUCCACAAAAAAUCUCAUCUCAAGAUCCUCUUAAGCGUUCUUGCUUGCCCUCUCUUCCCUGUCUCUCUCCAUCCCAAACAACCCAUCUCCCAAGUCUCAUCGUCAGCACAAUACAUAAUCCAACAUUUCACGGCGGCGACGGGUUGCCGGAAACUAGAGGGAACGGUGAAGAACAUGUAUGCAACCGGAAAAGUGACGAUGGGCAUGGUCGAUGAGCUUGGCUCGAAUGGCUCAGCUGGUGGAGCCAAUGGGGUUCCACAAAAAGGGUGUUUCGUGAUGUGGCAGAUGGUUCCUAAUAAGUGGUUAAUUGAGCUGGUUGUGGGUGGGCACAAGGUUGUAGCCGGCAGUGAUGGCAACUUGGCUUGGCGCCACACCCCUUGGCUCGGCCCUCACGCCGCCAAAGGCGGUGUUCGCCCUCUUCGGCGUGCCCUACAGGGACUAGAUCCUGUGGCUGUAUCGGCUGUGUUUUCCCUAGCACAAUACGUGGGCGAAAAACGAAUCUUGAGCGUCGAUUGCUUCGUGUUGAAAUUGUCCGCGGAUCAGACGGACCUAGCCGAUCGGAGUGACAACAGUGCAGAGAUGAUCAAGCAUGUCAUGUUUGGUUACUUCAGCCAAAGAAGUGGUCUGCUAGUGUAUUUAGAGGACUCUUACCUCACCAGAAUCCAGUCCCCCGGAACCUACCCUACCUAUUGGGAGACCACCAUGGGCACGAAAAUCGAGGACUAUCGGAUGGUGGAGGGCACGAUGAUCGCGCAUUCUGGCCAAUCAAGUGUGAUCAUCUCAAGAUUUGGGGACAAUCUGAGAGCGGGCACAGCAAUCACACGGAUGGAGGAGACUUGGAAGAUCGACGACCUAGCAUUCAAUGUUCCUGGACUCUCGGUUGAUUGCUUCAUUCCACCUGAACAAGUACAAAAAGAUUAUCCUGAUGAAGACACAUUCGAUUGGAUAACACCUUCACAUGAAUGAUAAUGUUUGCGGUCGAUUUGGUGUUAAAAAAGGGUUUUAUUUUAUUAAUGAAAAUGAUUGAUAGGUCAACAUUUAAGCUGAAAGUGAACCAUGUAGCAAAUUCGCAUUGACUAGUGGUUUAGUGGGUCUCAUCGCCUCCUAAUGGAGAGCAAUCAUGUAGUCUGUUUCGGACUGAUUUUUUUUUUUCCAAACAAUUACUUACUACUCUUCAUUAAUAUUACAAUUUUUUUUUUCUUUCCUAAUAUUUUUCUUGGGUUGUAUCAAUGAGGGUACAAUACAUACAAGUGUAACAUUUUCUUGUAUGAUAAAUGUAAGAAAUUAUUUAGUGA